AUGGGUUACAACGGCGAGCCCACUCCCUGCUACGACCUGACGGUGGGCCAACAACCCGGUCCCUUUUCCCUCAACUUGCUUUCCAUCCGAACGCCCUUUGCGAGCCGCCAUGCGAGCCCUGGACAUCAAGUGGUCGACAUGGAGAAGACCGAAGUUGUCAUUCACCGGGACUCCGACUCGGAUGACCCAAAAGCCAUCACCCCCGAUGGCGAAGAGCCAACUGAAUACGAAAAAGCUACAUUGAGGCACGUCAGUGACCCCCUCAGUAUCUCCGUCUGGCUUGUCGCCAUCGUCGAAUUCUGCGAGCGGUUCACAUACUACGGGUUGAGUGCGCUCCUCCAGAACUAUGUCCAAAGACCUUUGGACGGCAGUGAGGGUCGAGGCGCACUGGGACUUGGCCACAGAGGAGCAACUGGUCUGACGACCUUUUUCCAAUUCUGGUGCUAUGUCACCCCGCUCGUCGGAGCUAUCAUUGCCGAUCAGUAUCUCGGAAAGUACAAGACAAUCGUCUUGUUCUGUAUCACUUAUGCGGUUGGCUUGUUGGUCUUGCUGUUCACAUCCCUCCCUAUCGCGCUGCGAAAUGGAGCCGGCCUCGGUGGUUUCAUCGUCGCUGUGGUUGUGAUCGGUCUUGGAACUGGUGGUAUCAAGUCGAACGUCUCCCCUCUCAUCGCCGACCAGUACACUCGGCGAAGGAUGGCCAUCUCGACAACAAAGGAGGGCGAGCGCGUGAUUAUCGAUCCGGCCGUCACCAUCCAGCGUAUUUACAUGGUGUUCUACUGCUGUAUCAACUUUGGAUGUCUAGCCACAAUCCCCACCCCAUUCAUGGAGAGGGAUGUCGGUUUCUGGUCUGCAUACCUGAUGUGCACAGUGGUCUUCUUCAUCGGAACUGGAGUUUUGAUCGCCGGUCGCAAACGAUACAUCGUCAAGCCGCCGAAUGGUACCAUCAUCACCGAUGCGUUCAAGGCUAUCUGGAUGAUGGUCAAGGCUCGCAACAUGGAUGCCCCGAAACCGAGUUACCAGGCUGAGCAUGGCGGAACCAGUGUCGCCUGGAACGACCAUUUCGUGGAGGAAGUGAAGCGCUCCCUCGUUGCCUGCAAGGUCUUCACUUUCUUCCCCAUCUUCUGGGUUGUCACCGUCUUUUCAGCCGGUCAAAUGGCGGGUCACGGCAUUCCCAACAACCUCAUGCAGGCUUUCGACCCCAUCUCCAUCAUCGUCGCCAUCCCGAUCCUUGACCGCUUUGUAUACCCCUUCCUCCGCAAACGCCGCAUCCAGUUCCUCCCCAUCACCCGUAUCACCGUCGGCUUCCUCGUUGCCUCCCUCGCCAUGAUGUACGCUGCGAUCGUCCAGCACCUAAUCUACACUGCCCCGCCCUGCUACAACAUGCCGCUCUGCGAGGCAUCCAUUGUCGAUGGCGUCAAGCAAGGGAACAAUGUGCACAUCGCCAUCCAAGCCCCGGCCUACAUGUUCAUCGGUCUUGCCGAGGUUUUCCUCAGCGUGACUGGUCUCGAAUAUGCGUACAUGAAGGCCCCCGAGAGCUUGAAGAGUUUCGUCUCACGCUUGUUCCUGCUGACCAACGCUUUCGGUGCUGCCCUUGGUUUGGCCCUUACCCCCGUGGCGUAUGACCCAGCUAUCAUCUGGAUGUUCGUCGGACUGUGCGGUGCCGCUGUGGUCACUGCCGGUAUCUUCUGGUUCUUGUUCCGUGGAUUGAACAAGGAGGAAGACAAGAUGAAUUCCUUGGACAAGAACUACACUGGGGAAGAGAGUUCAUGA